AUGACACUAGGUCAUGCGUUCGAGACAAUUUUGGAGACCUACCAGACAAAAGACUCAGUUUUGCAGCUUAUGUGGGACUAUCCUGCGACAUCAUGGGAAAGAAGUGGCCAGCUAUUAACCGCAGUAGCGCAGUGGAUGUGGAGACCUUCUAUUCCCCUGCCUGAACGAGCACCUACAUUGCUUGAAUUUGCAGGUGGGGUGACUGGAAACCUUCUUCUUUUUGACUUUCAGUAUUUUAUCUGGCACUUUUUGCACCAUAAGAUCCGUUGGUUGUAUGUGACUUUCCAUGCUAUCCACCAUAAUUACGCCGCCCCAUUUGCUCUGGCCACACAGUGCCUUAGUGGAUGGGAGUUGGUCACGGUGGGCUUCUGGACCACGCUCAACCCCAUUCUGCUGAGGUGUCAUCUGCUCACCACCUGGAUGUUCAUGGUGGUCCACGUCUAUGUAUCAGUGGAAGACCACUGCGGAUAUGAUUUCCCUUGGUCCAUGUCUCGUCUGAUCCCAUUUGGUGUUUAUGGAGGUCCGAGCAAGCAUGAUGUGCACCACCAGAAACCUAAUACUAACUUUGCACCCCAUUUUAGUCACUGGGAUAAACUGUUCGGCACUCAUGCUGAGUUUAGUUUUGCUAAAACUAAGUGA